UACCACCAGGACAGCAUGAGUAACACAUUCUGCGCUACCACAUCUUGAUGGCAAUCCGCACCUUGGAAGAGAAAGUUAACACAUGAAAAUUAUAAGAGCCUCCCCAAGGUCACACUCUCUGCCCUCACUGAGACCGGCAAAGCAGAAUCAACCAUUCCAGUGCCAAUGCAAUGCUCCUACACUGGUACCAUGCCUGCCAUACAAUCUGCUCUCGCAGACACUCCCUGUGCCUACCUUGGUAUGAAUGGGGUCUUGAAGGAGCUCAAUGCGACACUUGGCACAUCAUAUACUCUCGAUCACCCCACCUUGUCAUCUGUUCUGGAAUCCUUCAUCAGACAAGAUUAUGACUUUGGCACCCUCUAUGCCAAUCUGCGUCCAUACUGGUAUGGUUUGAGCACUGUCGAACGCAUCCGCGAAGCAUGGGACAAGGAUCGGCAAAUGCGACAAAAUCUGGUGUUCAAUAACAGAAUCUCUCAGGGGGAUAUUCCACCCCGGUGCAUCUGGGAUCUGUAUGCUAAUAGGGUGGUGCCAUUCUGGGUUACCCAUGAUCUGUGGCUGUGGCCCAUAUCACAUGCAUGGGUGUCUGACAAGGAGCGGAUGGAUGUGUGGACACCUAUCAAUGGCUAUGAAUGGCCCGUGCCGAUUCCCAAAGAUUCGGACCUCAAUCACAUCCGGAUCGAGAUGCUGAACCUUGGAGGGGAGUAUGUGUGGCUAGAUGUUCUGUGUUUGAGACAAGAGGGUGGGUGCAGGGAGGAUCUAUGCAGAGAAGAGUGGAAGGUUGAUGUUCCAACCAUUGGAGCUAUCUAUCUCAGUACAAGUGGAAGGACGGUGGUAUACUACCUCAGCAGGCUCAGUCGACCCUUUUUUUUGAUGUCAGAUGACUUGGAAAGCAAUCGCUGUUGGUUCAGAUGUGCAUGGAUGCUUCAGGAGGUCAACAGUGAUUAUAUCAUUGGCAGGAAGACUGAGCAUCACUGGAUGGAUGAAGACAUGUGAAGAAGAGUCGACAAACACCUACAAUCAUUGAGGUAUGUGAGGCAGGGUAGUUUGUUCAAGAUACUGUGGGAGAUGCGGAAUCGUGUGUCAACGAAGCCUCUCGAUAAAGUAGCAGGUUUGGCAUACUUUCUCUCCAAGAGAUCUAUCCCGAUAUAUGAUGAGUCACAAUCUGAAGAGGAUGCCUGGAU